UCGGGGUGUCGCUGCCCCACGUGCACGUGACGUGCCUCCCGGAGCCAGGAAGCGCCGGCGGGGCCGCGCGGGCAGCGCCGAGCGGAGGAGCGGAGCGGAGCGGAGCGGAGCAGAGGGGCCAUGCAUCCCCCCCCGGGCUCGGCGCCGGCCUGCGCCCCCGGCGCCCCGCCGGGCUCGGCGCCGCCCCCGGCCUCGGAGCUGCUGCGCUGGCAGUGGCAGGAGGUGCAGGUGCCCUACCUGGUGGCGGCCUGGAUCCUGGUGGCCAGUCUGGCCAAGAUCGUGUUCCAGUUGUCUCGCAAGGUGACAUCUGUGGUCCCAGAGAGCUGCCUCCUCAUCCUGCUGGGCCUGGGCCUUGGGGGAAUUGUCUUGGCCAUCGCUAAGAAAGCAGAGUACCAGCUGGAACCCAACAUGUUCUUCUUCUUCCUCCUUCCCCCCAUUGUCCUGGAUUCAGGCUAUUUCAUGCCCAGCAGGCUCUUUUUUGACAACAUUGGUGCAAUUCUGACAUAUGCAGUGAUUGGCACCCUGUGGAAUUCUUUCACCACUGGAGUCUCCCUCUGGGGCAUGCAGCAGGCAGGGCUCAUGGAUAAGGGUGUGGAAGCUGGUCUGAUGGAUUUCCUGCUGUUUGGCAGCCUCAUCUCAGCUGUGGACCCUGUGGCAGUGCUGGCUGUCUUUGAGGAGGUUCACGUCAAUGAGACCCUCUUCAUCAUCGUGUUUGGGGAAUCUCUCCUGAAUGAUGCUGUCACUGUGGUGCUGUACAAGGUGUUUAACUCCUUUGUGGAGAUGGGCCCUGCACAUGUCCAGGUCACAGAUUAUGUAAAGGGUGUAGCCUCCUUCUUUCUUGUAAGCCUGGGAGGCACGGCCAUUGGGCUGCUCUUCGCCUUCCUGCUGGCACUGAUCACUAGGUUCACCAAGCGUGUGCGCAUCAUUGAGCCACUCUUUGUCUUCCUGAUCGCCUACAUUGCAUACCUCACCGCCGAGAUGGUCUCACUCUCCUCCAUCCUCGCGGUCACCUUCUGUGGGAUCUGCUGUAAGAAGUAUGUGGAAGCCAACAUUUCCCGGAAGUCCCGCACCACUGUCAAGUACACCAUGAAGACCUUGGCCAGCAGCUCGGAGACCAUCAUCUUCAUGUUCCUGGGCAUCUCUGCUGUGGACACCUCCAAGUGGGCCUGGGACACAGCACUAGUGCUGGGCACUCUCUUGUUCAUCCUGCUCUUCAGGGCUGUGGGUGUUGUCCUUCAGACCUGGGUGCUCAACCACUUCCGACUGAUCCCACUGGACAGGAUUGACCAGGUGGUGAUGUCAUACGGGGGCCUGCGAGGGGCUGUUGCCUUUGCCCUGGUGAUCUUGCUGGACAGAGACAAAGUCAAAGCUAAGGAUUACUUUGUGGCGACAACCAUUGUGGUUGUAUUCUUCACGGUCAUCGUGCAGGGUCUGACCAUUAAACCUCUAGUAAAGUGGCUGAAGGUGAAGCGGAGCGACCAUCACAAACCAACGCUGAACGAGGAACUGCAUGAGCAUGCCUUUGACCACAUUCUGGCAGCAGUGGAAGAUGUUGUUGGGCACCAUGGUUACCACUACUGGCGAGACAAGUGGGAACAGUUUGACAAGAAAUACCUGAGCCAGCUCCUGAUGAGGAAAUCAGCCUACAGGAUCAAAGAUGAAAUCUGGGAUGUUUACUACAAGCUAAACAUCCGUGAUGCCAUCAGCUUUGUGGACCAGGGUGGCCAUGUGCUCUCCGCAGCAAAGCUCACACUGCCCUCCAUGCCCAGUAGGACCUCCGUGUCAGAGUCAUCGGUCACCAAUCUCCUGAGGGAAAGUGGCAGCGGAGCUCGCCUGGAUCUGCAGGUGAUUGACACAGUACGGUGCCGGCGGGAUAAGGAAGAUGCUGUGAUGCACCAUGUGUUACGUGGGAGCCUCUACAAGCCACGCAGGAGGUACAAGGCCAGCUACAGCCGCCACUUCAUUUCUCCAGAUAAACAAGAGCGGCAGGACAAGGAGAUAUUCCAGCAAAACAUGAAGAGACGUCUGGAGACCUUCAAGUCCACAAAGCACAACAUCUGCUCCUCAAAGAGCAAGGCCCGGCUGAAAAAAGAUGUCAGGAAAAAGAAAAAGAAUGAUGCUCUGAACAGUGAGCUGCCCAAUGGGAAGCCACACAGAAGUGUCACCUGGCAGGAGACAGCUCCUGUCACAAUGAUGGUCAACUCAGAGGAGGAGGAGAGCGACAGCUCGGAGACAGAGAAGGAAGAUGAUGAGGGGAUUGUAUUUGUUGCUCGAGCGACGGAUGAAAUCCUUCAGGGAAAGAAGACUUCUAGUACAGGCUGCCCUUCCCACUGGGGUAGCCUGGACAUCUGCCCAAGCCCAUGCAUCAUCCCCCCCUCACCCACCUUGGCAGAGAAAGAGCUGCCAUGGAAGGGUGACCAGGACAGCCUUGCUGUUUACAUCUCCUCAGAAACCACCAAAAUUGUACCAGUGGACAUGAAAAAAGCCUGGAACCAAAGCAUCUCCUCACUGGAGAGCAUUGCCUCCCCAACAGGGGUCGAGACAGGCCCUCAUGGCAAGAAACUGGCCAGCCCAGUGCUAGAGGAGGAGCCCCAGUCAGCCAGCCCGACGAUGCCAGAGCAGCGCACCUGCUUUCAGUUUCCCAACCAUGUUGCUAAGAGUGGCAGGUCCCAGAGCGACAGCAGCCCAGAGAGUAUUGAGCAACAGGAGCUGCAGCCUUUGAUGGUUCCAGAAGAUCAUACCAGGAUGAGUCCAUCUGCAGGGCCAAGCAACAGCAGGUGGUUAAUUCAGUUCAACAGGCCAACCAGACUGUAAGACAGACAGUGCAUGUAGCCCAUCCAUGUGGAGUGGGAAACUAAUCUGGAACUUGCCAUCUGGUCUACUAGCUUGCAUCGUGGAGCUUGUGUCUGUUUCUGUAAAGUACAGGACUAGCAGGAGAGCAGCUGGAGAGCCUGCCCUGUUGCUUCCCCAGGGAUGGAAUCCCAUUUACACUGCACCAGGGAGGAGCGCUGGCCAGAGCAGCUGCUAAUUUGGGAUCAUGCAUAGGUAAACUGACCUCAGGCCGUAACAGUUUCUGUGCCAGCAGAUGGGAAGAAUGGAUCAUAAACUUAGUUCAUUUCUUAUGCAAACUCAAAGCUUUGAAACCACCUGGAGCCUUUCCUCCCAGUCUGGCUGCUUGGAAUCUGCAUCCUGGGCUGCUCUACUACCUGGGAUUGGCAACCUCAGCUGACAGGGUUAGUUGUAACCCUUUAAUACACAGAAGCACCAGCCCAGGGGAGGGGCAGGUGCAGGUGCAGAGCAGUUAAAAUAUCUCCCUGUGUCUCUAGGCUCAAGUAACCUGCUCUGGGGUCCUGCCAAAAAUGCCUGACCCCAGUCAGCUCAGCUGUAAAUGGUGCCUGGUCAUUCAGGCUCUGAAGCUGAAAGCAGCUGGAUAUGAUGUUGGCUUCAUAAUUCCCUUGUGUGCCACUAGCUACAGAAAUAGUCCUACCAACGGUCAUAAACUUCUUCAUGACAGUUUUAGGCUGGACAUAAGGAAAAACUUCUUUACUGUCUGAGCCCCCAAGGCCUGGAAUAGACUCCCUCCGGAAGUGGUGCAGGCACCUACUCUGGACUCAUUCAAGAAACGUUUGGAUGCUUAUCUUGCUGGGAUCCUUUGACCCUAGCUGACUUCCUGCCCCUGGGGCAGGGGGCUGGACUCGAUGAUCUUCAAGGUCCCUUCCAGCUCUAACAUCUAUGAAAUCUAUGAAAGCAAGUAAGCCUGGAGUUACUUGUCACAUAUGUAAGCUUUGACCAACACCACAGUAAAGAAAGGUCAUGACUUGUUUAUCAUAACCUAGGAGUGCUUCCUUCCUUUUUUGUGUCCUUGUGACAAGGAAUUUAUUAGAAUUUGCAGAUUUUGUUGGAAUCUGAGAGGCCGCACGGCAGGAGGAACAGAGCAGGUUUCUUCCAUUGCUCUGCACAACCUGGGCCAAACCAGCACAGCAACUCUUUCAUAAUCCUUCCUUCUUGCUUUUUCUGCUUUCAUGGCACCCUCACUGAAGGCUUUUGUGCCUUGUACCUGGCAAUGUGGAGUGUGCAGGGCCUUGCAGGUUUUCAAGGGCUUUUUAUAUUGCUUUGCAUUACUUGUACCCUUUAUUUUGGUCUUUGAUUUCUGAUAUCAGACCACAAUAAAACCUAUAGCUCUGUCAGUGUUUUUUGUAACCAUGGUAUGGCAAAUUAUUUAAAGAGGUAAUAUAUUUACUUGAAAAGAAUAUUUGUUUUAAUGUGGAAAUAUAUACCAUGUAUUUUGUAACUUACGAUAAACUGGUCUCAAACAGG